UGAUUAUCCAAAUUAUCAGCCCAGAAAAAUAAAUCUACCUCUACUUGAAAGAAUGCUCAUUCACUUUCCACACUGGUCAGUGAUAGUGACCAUAUCUUGAAACCAGUACUGUUUUCUAUGCUGUAUGAGUUGAUUACAUGUUGGCCUGUGGAAUUUGAUCUUUUUCAUACACUCAGAAACUCAGUUUGCAUUGUUUUGGUCAAAGCUGACAGUCUCUUGAAGAGAAGGACUCUACUCAUUUAGGCUCUGGCAGAGUCUAAACAGAGGACACUAUGGCUUCAGACUCAGACAACUUGGGCUUCUGUUUGGUGGACUAUGCAGUAUUUGCUGCAAUGCUGGGGGUAUCGGUGGCCAUCGGGCUAUUCCAGUCUCUGAGAAAGACCCAGGGUCGCUCGAACGUGGACAACUUCUUCACAGGGGGCAGGGGUUUCUCUGCUGUGCCGGUUGGACUGUCGCUCUGUGCCAGCUUUAUGUCAGCUGUCCAAGUGCUCGGUGUGCCAUCAGAGGCAUAUUUAUAUGGCUUUAAGUUCCUCUAUAUGUGCUUGGGACAAGCCCUCAACUCCCUUAUUACUGCAGUUGUGUUUGUUCCUGUGUUUUAUCGUCUCAAAAUCACCAGUGCACAUCAGUAUUUAGGAAUGAGGUUUGGCAGAGGGAUGCAGCUCUUGGGAAGUUUGCAGUUCAUUGUAGCGACACUUCUCUACACUGGAAUAGUGAUCUUUGCUCCUGCAGUCAUCUUGAAUCAGGCCACAGGCCUAAAUAUGUGGGCGUCUCUUUUCUCAACUGGACUCAUCUGCACAUUUUACACAACAGUGGGUGGUAUAAAGGCUGUAAUCUGGACAGAUGUGUUUCAGAUUGUAGUCAUGCUCUCUGGGUUCAUUGCGGUUUUCAUUCAGGGCACCAUAUUGGCAGGAGGGCCUGCCAGAGUUUUGGAAAUCGCCAACAAUGGAUCUCGCAUCAAUUUUAAUGAUUUUGCCUUAGACCCUCAGAGGCGGUACUCGUUCUGGAGUUUCACAGUGGGCGGCACAAUGGUCUGGUUAUCCAUGUAUGGAGCCAAUCAGGCCCAAGUACAGCGUUACAUAUCAUGCAGGACUGAGAAACAAGCCCAACUGGCGCUGCUGGUUAAUCAGGUGGGUCUGUGUCUGAUUGUGAGCAGUGCAGCCACCUGUGGCAUUGUGAUGUUUGCUUUAUACUCCAACUGUGACCCACUGAAGACUGGCAGAAUAUCUGCACCUGACCAGUACAUGCCGUAUUUGGUUUUGGACAUUUUCCGGAAUCAUCCAGGCUUCCCGGGUCUUUUUCUAGCCUGUGCCUACAGUGGAACUUUAAGUACUGUCUCCACCAGCAUUAAUGCCAUGGCAGCUGUUACUAUGGAGGAUGUAAUGAAGCCGUGGCUAAUCACUGUUUCGCAGAGAAAACAGCUCUUGCUCUCCAAGUCAUUAUCUCUGUUGUACGGGCUUGGCUGCAUUACAAUGGCUGCGCUCUCCUCUCUGCUGGACUGGGGAGUCCUUCAGGGUUCGUUCACAGUCAUGGGUGUAGUGAACGGUCCACUGCUGGGAGCCUUUGUGCUGGGCAUGUUUGUUCCAGCCACAAAUAAACCGGGGGUGUUCUCAGGUGUGGCUGUGGGUUUCUGUUUGUCUCUAUGGCUUGCUGUUGGAAGCACAAUCUAUCCUCCAACACCACAAAUUAUGGGUGUUUUACCCACUAGUGCUGAUCGCUGUCUAACAACUAAUGCAACACUUAACAGCACCACGGUAGUCGCUAAAUCCUCUAUCGUGGCAUCAUCAGUCCCCCAGGAUUAUGGCUUUCAAAAUAUCUAUUCAAUAUCCUACCUGUACUUCGGAGCCCUGUCAACUAGUGCAGUCAUACUAGUAGGUGUGGUGGUUAGCUACAUUACAGGACCCACCAAGAAGGAUUCUAUCAGCCCUGGUUUAUUACGGUGGAACUUGGAACAAAAGACCUGCGAUGUGUCCUGUCAUAACUUGAAUGAAACUACGACACACAAUCCCACCGAAAUCCUUCUCAGUCCAAAAGAACUAUUUUCCACUGCUGAUAAACAAGUUGUUUUACUGAACAAAGGUGAAGUUAAGACAGGUUCAGCAUCCGCUUUGUAAAAUCAAACAAAAAAAUGUCAGGUUUCAAACAAAAUUUUCAAGAAAUAAUGCAGAUUAAUUCAAAUUAAAAUGACUUCUUGUAGAAGAACAACUGUGGCUGUGCACAAUAAAAUGCUAAAGACACAGCUUCACUAGUUAUCAUCAUGCAAGGUACAUUCUGCACAGUCUCGCAUAUCAAAUAUGUCAAAGCCAUACUGAUUUGGUUAUCUUCCUUUUUGAUUGGCAUUACUGAAUACCUGACCAUCACCACCUGAUUCAAAGGAUGAUUCUUUGCUCUAUAUAACAAUAGUGCUUUCUUUCAUAGUACAAAAUCACGCACAAUACGUUUCUGUUCAUCAACACACACCUGCAUCGCACCUGUUUGUCAGUUCACUUUCAUUCCUAGCCAAGUUUAGAAGAGAAGAGAGCAUAAGCACGCACACUAAAGUGAUUUGAAAUUUGUUUAAUUAACAGAAUGCUUUUAAUGGAGAUAUAUCAAGAUGAUCCAAUAACUCUUUAAAAGUAUGUAUGAUUAUUAGCGUGAAUUAAUUAAGAGAAUAUGUAGCCCAAAUUGUUACACACUAUAAAGAUCCAUUUUAUUGACCAUGCUACAAUAGAUUUCAACUACACCAUACUACCUACAAUAUAAGAAUUACUCAUUUCAUUUGUUUUUUGGCAGACAGGAAUAUUCUUUCUGUCUAAACCUAUAAAACAAGGCUCAUUAACAGGAUAUUAAUUCCUCAGCAUUUCUAGUGCCAUUACCUAGAAAAGACAUCUGAAUGUGCCCUAAAAAGCCCUAGAAGUCUCCAGAAUCAACUGUUUCAGUGUUUAUGUAUUGAAUGAUGUUGGCUGUAUAAUUCAUGCAUAUUUUGAAUAUGUGUAUCAUUUGUUACCAGUAUCUCAAGAGAUGAGCUGUAGAAUGAUGGAGUGCCCCUGUCACAUUCACAAUAAACUGAAAUGGCAACACUA